AUGAGAACAAAAGCCGUUUUGACUUGUUUAUCCAAGUGUUAUCUAGAAGUUGAAACAGAGAGAACUUUCGUGAACGAGGUGCAGUUGACCCGGCUUGGAGAGGAAAGAUUUGAAAACUUUAGUUCAAUUUUCCCAAAUGCAGGCAAACAGCUGGGAAUAUCCCCGAGGGGCUGUGGAGUGAGGUUUUCGCCGGUGAGGGGUGGGUUCGGCGAGGUAGGGGUCCUGAGACUUUGCUUGGGAGCCGGCGGCUCCGGAGGGCGCGGGCGGAAGGCGGUUGGACCAGGAGGCGGCAGGGGAGCGGUGCACCCUGGGGGGUGGGGUGGGGUCGCGGUGGGGGUAGGAGUGUGCGCCCAUCCCGGGGGCGGGGUCUGCGUGCGACCCGACCCGCUGCGGGCGCUUUCCGCGCGACGUCGCUCAGCCGUCUCCCGGCGCGGACCGACGCCGCCUCUCGUGGGAUCCGGGACCUCGUUCGACGCCAGCGCCCCCUCCACGCCUUGGUGGAGGGCGUCACUAUGGUUCACUUUUUUGCACCCGGGGCUCUCGGCCCGAAACAUCGUCCCUCCAGACGCUCAGGAGGACGCCCUGGGCUACUGCGUGGUGCAGGAGGAGGCAUCACCCUACUCUUUGGUCAAUAUCUGCUUGAAUACCCUAAUUGCUAACUUGGAGAAAUUGUGUUCUGAAAGACCCGAUGGAUCCCUGUGCCUUCCAGAGCAUUGGCGGUUCCCUCAGGAAGUGGCUGAUCGAUUUCUUGGAGUGAUGACUUGGGAAGGCAAACUCACUGAUAGGACUGCGAGCAUUUUCGAAGGCAACCAACUGAAGCUGAAGCUGGCCAAUAUCCAAAGAGCUAAACUGUCUACAGCUGCAUUCAUAAAAGCCUUCUGCCAUCACAAGCUCAUUGAAUUAGAUGCCACCGCAGUGAAUUCGGAUCUUUCAGUCCCAGACAUCUUACGUGGUCUCUGUAGCAAUAGCUGGAUCCAGCAAAAUCUUCGAUGUCUCCUGUUGGACUCAACAAGCAUACCUGGAGAAACAAGAAAACUGUUCUUUGGUCAGCUUACUGGUCUUCGAGUUUUAAGUGUUUUCAAUGUUUGUUUUUAUAGUGAAGACCUAGCUAAUGUUUCUCAGUUACCAAGACUGGAGAGUUUAGAUAUCUCUAAUACCCUAGUCACCAACAUUUCAGCGCUCCUUACCUGUAAAGAUCGACUCAAAUCUCUCACAAUGCACUAUCUGAAGUGCUUGACUAUGACAAGCCCACAAAUUCUUGCAGUCAUUCGAGAACUGAAGUAUCUGCUUCACCUUGAUAUUUCUGAUCACAAGCAACUCAAAUCAGACCUAGCUUUUCAUUUGCUCCAGCAGAAAGAUAUCCUGCCUAAUGUUGUAUCGUUGGAUAUUUCUGGGGCCAGCUACAUCACUGAUCAAGCUGUAGAAGUGUUUAUUCAGCAGCGGCCUGCAAUGCAGUUUAUAGGAUUAUUGGCUACGGAUGCUGGUUUUUCUGACUUCUACACUACAGAGCAAAGCUUGAGGGUUGCUGGAGGAGCCAAUAUGAAUCAGAUUUCCGAAGCACUGAGCAGAUACAGGAAUAGGUCAUGUUUUAUGAAGGAAGCCCUCUACAAGCUCUUUGCGGAAACUUUUUCAAUGCAAAUAACCAUGCCUGCCAUGUUAAAGCUUGUGACUAUAGGAAUGCGAAACCAUCCAUUGGAUUUGCCAGUGCAGUUCACGGCCAGUGCUUGCGCCCUCAACUUAACACGCCAGGGCCUGGCCAAGGGGAUGCCAGUCCGUCUGUUGUCAGAAGUUACCUGUUUGCUCUUCAAGGCCCUGAAAAAUUUCCCCCAUUACCAGCAGUUACAGAAGAAUUGCCUUCUCUCCUUAACCAAUUCCAGGAUUCUUGUAGAUGUUCCAUUUGACAGAUUUGAUGCUGCCAAGUUUGUAAUGAAGUGGCUGUGUAAGCAUGAAAACCCCAAGAUGCAAACAAUGGCAGUGAGCAUCAUAUCCAUUCUUGCCCUGCAGCUUUCACCUGAACAAACUGCACAGCUCAAGGAAGAACUCUUUAGGGCAAUCAGGGAACUUCUAGCAAUAGUGAAACAGAAGAUGGCUGAGAAUUUAGAUGAUGUCACCCUCUUAUUUACUUUGAAGGCACUUUGGAAUCUUACAGAUGAAUCUCCAGCUGCCUGCAAGCAUUUUAUUGAAAAUGAGGGAUUGGCAUUAUUCAUCCAUGUUUUAGAGACUUUUUCAGAUUCAGCAAUACAGAGCAAAGUUCUCGGUCUUUUGAACAAUGUAGCUGAAGUUAAGGAGCUGUCUUCCAGUCUGGUGACAGAAGAUGUGGUGAAGCAUAUCAGCAGUUUGCUCCAUAGCAAAGAGAUGGAGGUCAGCUAUUUAGCUGCAGGUGUUAUAGCCCAUCUGGCAUCUGACAAACAGCUGUGGAUAUCCCGGGAUCUUCAGAGGCAUACUCUUCUCCAGGAUCUGCAUGCAACCAUUCAGAAUUGGCCAAGUACGAGUUGUAAGAUGACUGCGUUGGUGACCUACAGAUCUUUCAAGGCGUUUUUCCCGCUCCUUGGCAACUUCUCUCAGCCAGAAGUUCAGCUCUGGGCACUCUGGGCCAUGUAUCAUGUCUGCAGUAAAAACCCCAGCAAAUACUGCAAAAUGUUAGUUGAAGAAGAAGGGUUACAACUUCUUUCCGACAUCCAGGAACAUCAGAGGGCAGACCCCCAAGUGCUGCAGUUUGCAACUUCCAUUCUAGAUGACUUCAGAAUGCAUUUCAUGAAUUACCAGAAACACUCUUUCUGUCAACUGCCCUCAACUUUAGAACCUUCAGAAAUGCUUCCCCUUCCUUCAUAUUUGGAUUGCUGUACUGAAAGCCAUUGA